AUGUCGAGGAUAGAGUACCAACCUACCUACCUUAUCGCCAUCGAUUUUGCUCCAAGCUCAGAUUUCCAGUUUGUUCAAAAAGCAAGUGCAGCUAGAGCUUCUCAAAAUCUGCACGUUUGGACAUUUCAAUCUCAAUUCGCAAACUUCAACCCUUUCGGAGAAAAGGCACAGGACAGUCCCCAGCAAAAUAUAUCUCUUGGCCUUGGAGAUGAUCCUUUGCGAGCUGGAGAAUCCUUGAAUUUUCUUACUCGCGCAAGCCAUAGUGGUCGCGCUAAAAGAACAAAGUACAUGGCAGUAUCUAACGUCGGCGAAGUAUUCUGGCUUUGCUUUCAGUCUUUCGCCCAGGAAUAA